CGGGUCCGGCACUUCAUCGACCCGAUCACUUCGGACACCUUACUCCGCAACGACCAUCAACCUCAUCCCCGUUCCCCGCGCGCGGGUUGAGAGAGAGAGAGAGAGAGAGAAUCCAAACUCCAAAACCAUGUAUAUACCGCGCCUAUUAUCCCUUGCUACAUCCUUCAAAUCUUCCAAUCCCUCUUACAAAACCCUAAUUUCUCUCCCCAAAGCCCUCUCAUCCUCUUCCUCUCACCAGACCCUAACUCCCCAACCCCAUCCUCCUCCUCCCAUUCAAACCCUAGCGGAUCUCCGGUCCCGUCUCGCCGCGGAGUCUCCAUCCCUCACCGAUUUUAUCCGCCUCCGUGAGAAUGACGAGUACUCGGUCGAGGUCGGAUCGAAGAAGAAGCCCCUCCCGAAGCCGAAAUGGAUGAAGGAAUCGAUCCCCGGUGGUUCCAAGUACACGAAGAUCAAGCAGAAGCUCAGGGAAUUGAAUCUCCACACCGUCUGCGAGGAGGCGAAAUGCCCUAAUCUGGGGGAGUGCUGGUCUGGCGGUGAGACAGGGACGGCCACCGCCACUAUCAUGAUACUCGGCGACACCUGUACUCGUGGAUGCAGAUUUUGUAAUGUGAAGACGUCGCGCACUCCUCCUCCACCGGAUCCAAAUGAACCCUCUAAUGUGGCUGAGGCAAUUGCGUCAUGGGGUCUGGAUUACAUCGUCAUUACCAGCGUUGAUCGCGAUGAUUUGUCUGAUCAAGGAAGUGGUCAUUUUGCAGAGACAGUGCAGAGAUUGAAAACCCUAAAGCCAAAGAUGCUGAUAGAAGCACUUGUUCCUGAUUUUCGAGGAGACCCUGGUUGCGUAGAGAAAGUCGCAAAAUCUGGAUUAGAUGUUUUUGCUCACAAUAUUGAGACAGUUGAAGAGCUUCAGAGUGCAGUACGUGAUCACCGAGCUAACUUCAAGCAAUCUAUUGAUGUUCUAAAAAUGGCAAAAGACUAUGCUCCAGCUGGCACUUUGACGAAGACUUCAAUAAUGUUGGGAUGUGGGGAAACACCUGAUCAAGUGGUGGGAACAAUGGAGAAGGUGAGGGCUGCAGGAGUUGAUGUCAUGACAUUUGGUCAGUAUAUGAGACCAUCAAAGCGGCAUAUGCCGGUCUCUGAAUACAUAACUCCAGAAGCUUUUGAAAAGUAUCAGACUCUCGGCAUGGAAAUGGGAUUUAGAUAUGUUGCAUCAGGUCCCAUGGUCAGGUCCUCAUACAAGGCAGGGGAAUUCUAUAUCAAAUCUAUGAUCGAAUCUGAUAGGGCCACGCCUUCUCAGAUAUCUGUCUCCUGAGGUGAAAGGGCUGAAAGAUCUUUUAAUCCUCUAAAUAAAAUCAUUGUUUAUUGAGCAAAAAAGGAAGAAAAAAAAGGCUCUCUAAUUCUCAUUCAUCAUCUAUUUCUUUUCUCUCAAUUUGAUGUCUAAAUGUAUUUUCAUCAUUGGAAGUGCAAAUGGUUCUUGUGUUGGGAAUUAGAUUUGUAAUUUGAUAUUUGAUGAAAGUGUAUUCUCCCCUUUCUUACAUAA